AAAUAUUUUUCCAGGCUUGUGAGCAGAGGGGCAUUAACACUAUUCACAGCCCAGUGUUUGAGACUGUAUGAUCUAAGAGAGAGUGAAGGGUGAUUAAAUAGCUUUUUGUUUAAAUGAGCCAGAGGGGAAGAGGGCAGCAAAAAACACUUUAGCUCAUAACUGGAGACGAAUCAAGCGGGAAGCUGGGUAGGUAGCUGACAUAGGGUUUUUGGAUGGGCCAUAAAUAUAGGCCCACAGCAGAACAUGCAACAGAUCCGCUAUCAACUCCAGACACUUCACUGAGCUACAAUGGAAAUUUCUAUGCAACAUCCCUGGUACCGCCGACCCUGGUUUCCAGGCUACUUCCCUUUUCGAAUUUAUGACCAGUAUUUCGGAGAGCACCUACCUGACAGUGACCUUUUUUCACCUUUCUACAUGUUUUACUAUCGACCUUAUUUCUGGCGGUUUCCAACCUGGUUGGACAGUGGCGUGUCAGAGAUGAAAAUGGAUAGAGAUCGCUUUGCAAUCAACCUGGAUGUGAAGCACUUCUCUCCAGAGGAACUGAAGGUCAAGUUCAAUGAUGAUUUCAUUGAGAUUCAUGGGAAACAUGAUGAACGGCAGGAUGAGCAUGGCUCUGUGGCAAGGGAGUUUUACAGGAAGUACAAGAUCCCCCGUGAUGUAGAUCCAGGUGCCUUCACCGCUUCUCUAUCUGCUGAUGGUGUGCUGACCGUCUGCACACCACGCCACCCGAUGGACAUCCCUGAACACAGAUGUAUACACGACCGCAUUUGUGCCUCAGUGGGCCCUGACACUGCAACUUACUGCAGGCCCCUCAAUGACAAUAAUGAUAUAUAGCUUUAAAUAGGAUUUUUGUGCACUGAAAUUUCAUAAUUCUUGUUACCAAUUUCAAUAAUAAUAAAAAAAAUAAUACUAGCCUAAGUAAAAUAAAGCUUACCGAAGACAAGUAAACAGUCACAAUAGAAUUAAAAUAGAACAAAGAUACGUAAGAAAUCAACCUACUUGAAAAAUCUAAAGCACUGAACAAAAAAACAUUAUAUUGUAUAAAGUAAAUGUACAAUUUUCUUUGUCAUUUUUGAUUCAGAAAGAAAAUAUUUUAUAUUAGGCUGCUUUCGAGAAAUAGUUCACCCAAAAAUGAAAAUUCAGUUUGCGUUUCCUUCUAAUGUUGAACACAAAAGAAUAUACUGGGAACAAUACUGGUAACCAAACAGUUGUUGGUACCCCAUGACUUUUAUAGCAUGAAAAAAAAAAAUACAAUUGGAGUCAAUGGGGACCAGGAACCUUCUGGUUAUGAACAUUCUUCAAAAUAUCUUCUUUUACGUUAAGGUGAACAAAGAAAGUCAUACAGGUUGUUUAGAACAACUUGAUGCUGAGAUGAAAAUGACAGAAUUUUCAUUUUUGGGUGAACUAUCCCUUUAAGAUUUCAUCAUAAUGCCAGGAUCUCAUAUAGCCUACUAGCCUACACGUGCUUUAUCUUUAACUACUAAUGUUCAUUUAAGACACAAAUGACUGUGUUUACGAAGACACUCGCAAAGACGGACAUUUUGACACAUACCUGUGUAUCUGAACGUUUAAAGUUUAACACAAGGCGCGAAGAACUUUUAGUUUUAGUCAGGUGCUGUAUAAGCAAGUACGCGCCGCACCAGAAUGUUUAAAAUGCGUUUUUGAUAAGCUAACAUCAUGACGCACACAACGACUAACAUAUUUCUACCUGGUUAUUUCUCAUACCAAAAGCGAAUAUACUAGGCUUAUAGAGUUUUGUGUUCGAACACACAAAAAAAGCAAUACAUCAAGUUAAUAAUUAAAUUAAUCUACAGCGACGAUGAUUCCAUGUGUCCGGUCUACUUGCUUUUCCACACUUGCUUUCCACUUGCAACAUCAAGUAACAAAACAAGCCGUUUUGUAAAGCUAAAAAUAGCUGGAUGCAAUGAGACCGGAAGCCACACCCAUCAAAUUCGCAAAUGGCCACGCCUGCUUUUAUGCGAAAAAUAAGGUGGGUAUAUCCAGAUAUACACCUGUCCAUUUUGAAUGAUACAAUAUCACGCAAAACGCAGCAAGUCAGUGUUUUAGGUCAGUGAACGCAGGUUGUUAUUGGAGUUGGGUUUGGUUUGUUAUAUUUAUGGCCUACGGUUGGACGUUGUAUGUAAUUAUGUGGUUGACUUGGAUUAUGAUUGUAACUUUGGCUUUGAGAGGAAGCAGUAUUGAAGUGGGAUGUUGUGUAGCACUGGCCGCCGUUUUUGAAUUUAAUAAAUCCCCAGGUCAAAAUACUGAUAAAUGAAUGACCUUACAGCAUGUGCUCAUCUGAAUGUAAAAAAUGCUGCACUUGUUUGAUACUGGUGUCUAAACCAACAGACCAAGUCAAAUGUGUUUUGCUGAUGUUGUUGCACUUAAUGGACAGUAAUAAAGAUGACCUUGUAAACGUAUAUAUGUGAUGUUUGUGGACAUUGAUUCUGUGACAUGGUAAGACAAGUGUGCCUCAGUCAAUGGUGUAACAAAAUGCCAUGGAUCAUCCAAUUUUUGUGGAAAAAAAAAAAAACAGUGGACUGCUGAUUAAUUCAUUCAUCUUGUUUAGUCCACUGUCAUUCUCAAUGUGCUUCUUAUUUUAUUUUCCAUACGUCUUAAAGUGAUGUUACAGCUAACAAGUAAGUGUGACUGUUGCA